AUGAACCCUAAGCGGGGAGGUAGAAAUUUAGAAUCGUAGCCUUGAGCUAAAUUGUCAAUUGAGACAUAUACAUAUCCCAAAGCCCACAGUUAAGAGUCAAGAGCGAAUUGUUCCACAAGCAUCCCCUAACUCGUUUCGUCAAUAUGCCAUCCCAACUGAGUGAAGCGGUAACGCUUCCUUGCGGGCUAACCCUGCCUAAUCGAAUCGCCAAAGCUGCAAUGGCGGAGAAUAUGGCUCCCGAUCAUGGUCCCGAACAAAAAUUCUACAAGCUAUAUAGCCAGUGGGGUAAAGGUGGCUGGGGAGCAAUUCUUACAGGAAACGUCCAAGUUGAUCUGAACCAUCUCGGUCAACCUAAUGACCUUGCAUUCGUUAGCCACGAGAAUGGCUCCAUCCCGGCGUGGAAAAAGUAUGCGGACGCCUGCCAAGAACACGGAACGCCAGCGAUCGUUCAAAUUUGCCAUCCUGGAAGGCAAUCUUUUCGUGGCGCUGGAAACAGAGGCCUGUUCUCACAAACUAUUGCUCCAAGCGCUGUUCCACUGAACAUUGGAGAUGGAUGGGUGAACCAUUUCAUUAGGUGCUUGGUAUUUGGUUCACCAAGGGAGAUGACCCAGGCUGAUAUCGACAUCGUCACACAACAUUUCAUCGACACGGCGAAAUUGGUGGCUGAUAGUGGGUUUGCUGGUAUUGAACUGCAUGGUGCUCAUGGUUACCUUAUUGAUCAAUUCUUGAACCCUAAGUCUAAUAUCCGAACUGACGCCUAUGGCGGAUCUGCAGAGAAACGGGCCAAGUUCCUACUGGACAUACUGGCCGGCUGCCGCAAAGUUGUGCCGCCUAAUUUUUGUAUUGGAGUAAAGCUCAACUCUGCGGAUCAUGGCUCGUCUGGUUUCGAGGACUGCAUGACUCAAAUCGGGCUUCUUGUAGAAGCCGGCAUUGACUUCCUUGAGAUAAGCGGCGGAAGUUAUGAAAACCCUAAAAUGGUCGGAGGCGAUACAAACCAAGGGACACAAAAGAGUGCCCGGACUAUCGCAAGAGAGGCAUUCUUCAUUGAAUUUGCCCAUGAAGCCAGAAAGCGGUAUCCGGACCUAAUUUUGAUGUUGACCGGUGGCUUCCGUAGUCGUGCUGGUGCUGAAGCUGCAAUCAGCUCGGGCGCAUGCGACCUUAUCGGUAUAGGGCGUCCUGCUGCUAUUUACACUGAUAUACCUCACAAGUUCUUGGAUGAGAGCUUACCGGACAAUGAAGCCUGGUUUUCCCUGAGAAAAGUGGAGCUUCCAUGGUUUGCAAAAUGGUUGCGGAGCCCAGCAAUCGGUGGCGGUGCAGAGACGGAAUACUACAGGAAGCAGAUUGAACGGUUGGCAAAGGGUUUAUUGACGUAUGCGCCCGGCGCUUAACAGAAAUGAUAAUUGAAGUACACAAAAUAAUAGCUACGUCCUGCAUUUCUCUC